AUGAGAGCAUUUUCAAUCAUUUAUCAAUUAGAUUUGAAUCUAUGCUCGACAUUUUUGAAUCAUCCGAAUUCCCCACUUAGUGAUGACACCACUGGCAAUGAUUCAGCAGGAGGAACGGGCCUAGAACACAUCACAACUUCUGUUGUUCGAAAACUCGAUGCUGGGGCUCGUGAGAGUUUGGGCCAACACUUAAUCCAAUUGUUAGCUACCAUUGUCUUACCAGAUCCUCCUCAAUCUAUAAGUGAAGUAGAUGGUCGCUUGGUUGGUGGUCUACCAGGCAUUCCAGACAAAUUAAUGCCCACUGACAGCGACAUGGACAAUUAUCGUAUUUUGGCAGAGAAAGGACGGAAAAAGGUGCUAAAUUUACCAUUCGAUAAGAUAUUUGCUGCCCUUAAAGAAUUCAGUGGACGUUUCAACUUCAAUGUUUGCGUCUACAUUGUUGCUAUAGCUGAACAUGUGAUCGGAAAUUUUUUGCAAGCUGCUAUUUGCUAUGAGGACAAAGCUUUAACUGAGAACGUUAUUCGUGCAUCCACUGUAGAGAAACUAUUCAUAUUAUAUCGUGAUCGUGUUAAACCCCGUCGCUUGGAAACGUCUAAUCUUUUUCCUCAGGACUAUGAUAAAUGCGUUGAUGAAUUGUGCAGUUUUUUACAUACAUGCUUGGAACAAAUCAAUCUAUUAAUACGUGUAUUCCGUGAACCGAUUGUUUCUUUAACUCCACCAUCUUACGAACAACAAUCAGUGUGCUGUAAUGGAACAAAUGAAGAUACUAUACAAGUCUUAUUCGGCAAUAUAUUAGAUGUAUAUAAUAAUAUGCGUAUACUGUUAGAUACAAUUGAAGCAGAAGAUGAAGAUAAUUAUUCUCCAAAUAUUGCUACUAAUUCUAAGAAUUGUAUACUGUCAACAACAGCAGAAAUGGUUAAAUCUGUGAAUGCAUCAACAACCGGUGGGCCAGUUACUACUACUACUACUACUUCUGAUAAUAGUAGUUUAACAUCGGUUAAUUCAUUAUCUGAAACAGGCGGUACACUUGAUUCAAUGCCGAAGAAACAAUUGUCUGACAAUGGAGUUAAUGUUGGCAAUACUAAAGGCGAUUCAAACAAAUCAUCCUUGUGUAGUUUACCUCCUACACCAACAUUCCAUUCAACUUCUCCAACUAGUCAAACAGUUGUAGAUCAUCGUCAUCAACAUCAUCACCGAUUGAACAACCGUGAAGAAGGCCUUCUUAACAAUAAUCAUAAUGAUAAUAAUAGUAAUAAUAAUAGUAAUGGUCAUUCUAAUAAUAGUAGUAAUAAAAAAACUACUCCUAGACGUUUAGUUGGUGUAUGCUUGAUUGAAUUAGCUGAAGAUGACUCAUUGCAUGCAUUCAGUCAGUAUGCUUCUAUUGUACUCGAUUCUAAAUCAAGAGAUAGUGCUUGGAGUUUAAUUGAACACGAAAAUUAUCUACAAGAAUUAUGUCAACUAAGUCGAAGUAUUAUUCACACAGCUUCAUUGAAUAAUAAGUAUGCUGCAUCUCAUUUCGCCUCAUCUUUGCCAACCACCGAUCUACAUUCAUUCACUUGUUCACGUUGUCAACAUUGGGAUACAUAUGUAGGCAAGCCGCGGCGAAGAUCUACCUCAUCCUCUGUCACUUCACCAAUCCAUAAUGAUAGCAAUUCUUCAUCGAAUUCAUUUAGUAAGGAUACUAUGUCAACUUCAGUGGAUUCAGCAGAUAGAAUUGAACUGACUUCAAGAUUUUCAUCUCAACGUCCUCAUAGCCGUCGUUCACCGAAUUCAUCUUCAUCUUCAGAUAUGAAUACAUCAUCAUUAUAUUUACUACCGAGAUUAAUUUUAUUACCAAUAUUUCAUUUUUUCUACUUCCAUGAAUUAAUUGAGACAUUACAUCGUUGUGCUUAUGAUGAUGAAGAUCGUGCUCGUUUAAAAGAAGUCCUCAGUAUGUUAAGUAAAACACGUAAUACACUUGAACGAGAUUUAGCUAAACAUCCAUGGGUUGCACUACAUUUAGUUCGAUUAAUAUCAACUGGUCAGCUGACUAAUCGUUAUCGAUCAUUAUAUUUAAACGCUGUCACUGGGACGUCAUGUCCACCUAGUCCAGUGAAUUAUACAGCACCACCUUCACCUGUUGGUCCUUCAAAUCAAUUUAAUAGCAAUAGUCAUGCUUCUUGUGCUUCUGUAUUCAAUGCAAAUUGUAAUUCAACAACUGGUAAUAUAUUCAACUAUCAAAACCCUAAUCAUCAUUCAGUGACAACUGUUAACAAUCCGACAAUGACAAUGGCCGCGGCAGCCGGGACAACAACAGCAUCAACGGUGGGAGGUAUUAAUUCUACAGAAUUACCAUUCAUGUAUAAUAAUACAAUUCAAAGUAAAGCAGAUGAAAUCGAGAAGCUUUUAAGCAAUAAAGAUAAAUUGUCAUUGCCAAAUAACUGUCGUAGUGCAUUUGGUGAUUUUGUAAUGGAGAGUCGUGUGUAUUUACGUACAGAGUCAAAGAAAGCAUCUAGUGAGCAUAUUGCCUAUUUAUUUACUGGUCUCCUAUUAAUAUGUAAAUGGCAAGAACGUCGUUCAACUCCAUUGAAUCCAAACUCUACACAACAAUCUGUUCUACGUGUUAAACAUCGUAUACCGCUUGAUUUAAUUCAUGUAACCGAUUUACCACCGAUUGUUCAACCGAAUUUAACUCGUUAUGUCGGUCAUAGUGGACCAAUGACACCAUCGUUAGUUGGUGCUGCGGUUUUAGCUGCGACAUCAGCUAAUAGCUAUUCGCAUAAUAGUACAACAUCUAUUAAUUCGCAUGAAGAUACUCAAAGUAUAGGUCUAUCAGGUUUAUUUACAUCUAGCUUGAAUGGUUCCAUUUCAAGUCAUUCGAGUUUAGCUAGUGCUGGUGGUUCAGGAAUUGGUUUUUUCCCAUUCCUAUUCGAAUUGGAAUAUGUUGAUUCAAAUUCAUGUAGCCCAACAUCGCAUAAAUCGAAUCACUCGAACAGUCGUCACCAUCAUCACUAUGGUUACCAUGCUUGUCCACCAAAACAUUCUGGUAAAAUGAAUUUCAACGAUGAAAUGGGUAGUGCACCUGUCGGCAGUGAUGGGAGUUCAUUGCUACCCAGUCUUUCUUCUCCGUCAUCAUCAUCGAACAGUACUUCAGAAAAAGCUAAUUUUAAUAAUUUAUCAUCAUCUGGCAUCAAUGUUAAUCAUAUUUGGAUAUUUUUACGAACUCCAGAAGAGAAAGCUGAUUGGAUAGCGAGUUUGUUGAGUAUUCAAGCUUAUCGGCUUUUUCUACGUUAUAUCCGAACACUACCCAGACUAGAGGUCUCCUUACGACUGCCGUCACCAAAUGUCUAUAGGUUUAGUCAACCAGAUAGUGUAAACAAUAUUAUAUUUGAGACAAGUACUCCAACAUUUAUUCCAUGCUAUCAAACAGAAGAUCAUUCACGUGGUCAAGUAAACUUGAGUCAAAAUUAUUCCCAACCUGCUCAAUAUCCCAGUCAUCAUCAUCACCACCAACAACAGCACCAAUCAAAAGAAAUGCGUGAACAAUCAUCUCCACUACAAUCACUUGAUAUAGCCAAUAAUUUUAAUUCAUCUGAGCCUAAUUCUUUCAAUGAACUGUCUAAUUUUGUAUAUCCACCAGAUAAUUCUACUAGUGUUUCAAAUGUAGAAGAGGGAGAAGAUGUUGAAGAAGAUGAAGAAGUAGAUGUAGGAGCAGUGGAAUUGAUUGAACCACACACCUUAACUAGUGGUACUACUUUUGGUAUUGUCCCACCAUCAACUGAUCUUACAACACCAUCACAACCAUCUCCCGUAACUACAAUGUCAUCAUCAUUAUCGUCCACCGUCGACAAACCUAGUGGUAGCUUAUCUGAAAUCCGUGGGAAAAUAGAUAAUACUAAUAAUAUCAUGUUGACAAUGCUAAGCAAUAGUGAUUCGUCUAGUACACUAACAUUGACUAGUCAUGGUUCAAAUGAUAGCAGUAAUGUUAAUCGUACUCUUGUUAAUAAUAGUUAUUAUAGUCAUAGUAAUACAGUAAAGUCUCAAUGUGAUUAUCAGUCAUCAUCUCAUCCCCCUCCAGCUCCUUCUCCUAUACAACAACAUUCAUUUCAAUCUUCAAAUAAUCUACCUGAAAAUGUAAAUAUGCCUAGUAAUCGUCAUUUUUCAAGUACAUCAAAUUAUCCUCCACAAAUACGUAUGGCAACAUUAGAUAAAUUGAUUGAACGUCUCACAUAUCCAACAUAUUUUGAUACACGUUUAGUGAAUUGUUUUCUGUUAGUGUAUAGACGUGUUACUACAUCGGAAGAAUUGUUGAAUUUACUUAUUGAAAGAUUUCGUAUACCUGAUCCUGAAUUUUCACCUGAAGAAUGGAAUAUUGAACCGGAACAUGGUCAAUUGGAAUCACCUGCACAACAUAUGCUGAAAAGAUUUCGUUCCGGUUAUAAAAAGCGUAUUCAAUCUAGAGUGAUUAUGUUCCUGUCACGUUGGGUGCGUAGUGCACGUUAUUAUCAGAAUGAUUUUGCACCAAAUCCUGAAUUACGUCAAAAACUGCUUGAUUUUUUAUCUACUAUACAAGCUAGAUAUUUAAUGUCAGCUGUAGAACGUAUUAAACAACACUUACAACACCCUCCUGUUUCAACACACUAUCCUAUUACAUCAUCUAAUGAUGUAACUUCCACAACAACUCCAUUAGAUUCAAGUGGACAAAAUCUGGAGACAAGUGAUUCGGUCCCUGUGUCGCCUGUUGAUUCAAAUUACUCUGGAAAGUCUUGUAGUGUUGGCAGUAACAUUAGCAGCACUAGCACUAGUCGAAUUACACUCCAUAAUAUUCAUCCUUACAAACUAGCUGAACAGGUUACACUAUAUGAAUGGGAAUUAUAUCGUCGUAUACCAUUUUGGGAAGUUGAAAGUCGUGAACGUACUGGAAAUGCUGUGCCUAAUCUGAAUAAAUCAAAGUCAUUUUCAAAUCGUUUUCGUAAUUGGUUAGUAUAUUCUGUACUAAGUGAAUCACAUCCAGAUGAUCGAAUUUGUGGAAUUCAACGUGUUAUUGAUCUAAUGUUAAUUAUGGAAAAUAUGAAUAAUUUACAAGGUAGUCAAGAGGCUAAAUCUGCAUUAAUUAGUGCAGCUGUAUAUAGAUUACGAAAAUCAUUUCAAGCUAUUCGACGAAUGCGACAUUAUCGUGAAACAGUUGACCGCUUACGAAGAGAAGGUGUAAUUAGUCCAAAAUCUCAACGAACUUCAUCAUCACCAUCCUCUACAUCAUCUUCAUCUCUUCAAACAAAUUCUGUAACAGAUCAUAAUGUCUCAGGAAGUCAUUCGAAUAAUAUUAGCAACAAUGUAAAUAGUAACAAUAGUAGUAAUAAUAGUGGAAAUACUAGUGGUAGUAGUAGUAGUAAUAAUAAUCCUUUUUCAAGUUUUGGUUUACCAUUUUCAACACGUGCAAGUAAAUCACAUGAACGUCGUAUACGUGUAUUAGAAAAACAGCAUGCAUCAGGUGAAUUGUGUCAUCCAUGUGUACCAUUUAUUGCUGCCGGUGUAAUGACGCGUUUAAUUCACUUGGAUUUACGUCAUCCAGAUACAAUUGUAAAUAAUGCUGGAAAUGUUAUGAUUAAUUGUUGGAAACAUCGUCAAUUAGCUGAAAUUGUUGAACGGUAUUUAGCCUUUCAACGUAUUCCUUAUACAUUUAGUGUAGACGAGGAAAUUAGAGAAUUUUUAGAACAUGUUGAUCCAUUAGAAAUGGCUGGUGUUUCAUGUGAAGCAGAAUUUGAGCGUAAAAUGUAUCAGCUAUCUGAAUCUUAUGAGCCAAGAGAAUCUGAACCGUUGAAUGAACCAAUUAUACCUGAGGAGCGUCGUAUGACCAAAGAAGAAAUACAAGCAGCACAGUUACUUAGUAAUUCCUCUUUAAAAGAUCGUAUGACUGUACCAUCUGUGUUACAAUUCACUAAUCUACUCAACAAUACUUCGUAUAAUAAUUCGAAUAAUCAUAAUCAUAAUAAUAGUAAAUCGUCAUCCGCAUUAUUAACCAAUCCAUCUCGUAGUAGUAGUACUAGCAGCAAUCCAAAUGAACAUAAAAAUUCAUUGAAAAAGUCUGGCGGUCAUCUGUCUUCCUCAUUGAUUGGUAUAGCCAGUGAAACACAAGAAAGAAAGUAUUUACGCCUACCUAAUCCACUGUCUUUGUCGUCAAAUGUUACAUCAAGUACAGUUGUACCAGGAGCCAAACAUCAACACAGUAUGUCCGACAGUCAUGUAAUUUCACCAGCAAUCUCUCCUUGUCAUCAGGCAACUAACUCAGUCAUUGGAGUAACAACGACAACAACAUAUUCACCAGGUUUAUCUCCACCAUCAACCCCUCAAUCUAUUAAUAACUGUGGUCACUCACCCCCACCGUUGCCACCCAGAAUACGACGUCAAAGUUGCAAUUGUUCUAAGCAUGUGAAGGCUUCAAGUUCAGCUUCUUCUUCUUCUGUUACUUCUCAUAGAAAUCCUACUCCACCACCGCAUUCACCGAAUUGUACAGAUGCUUGUAGUUGUUUCCCACCACCUCUACCUCCGAAAUCAACAACCACUGGUUCUAAUCGUUCAGUAGCAGCAAUGCCAAUCACUUCUAUCCAUGCCAAUAACAAUCGAUAUUCAAAUGAUAGUUCUCCACAUCACUCUACUUGCCAGUCAUGUACAUUCAAUUCAGAGUCUUCUAAAACUCAUAGAUCUUUGCCUAUGGAAACAGCUCCACCUUUACCACCAAGAAUGAAUACAACUAAUCCUGCUUCAAAUUCGAUCACCGAAGAUAGUGGCGGGUGGUCUCGCUAA